GCGCUGCUUCAAGAGGAACACGAUGGAGACAGCCGUAGAAAAGGUGGAAUCAUCACCACCGUAUUCACUGCAGUGGACAACAGAGACUCCUGCAUCCAUAUCAUGUCUGUCUGUGGGACCUUCUGGACACAUUUUUGCGGGGUCAGAUGACGGAUCUGUACGCGUAUACAACCGCGAUUCGCCCAAGGUUCAAAAGGCGAUCAGAGGAUUGGGGAGUGAAGUAUCGUCCAUCAUAUGUUUAAAAGAGGGGAGCAAUACGGAUUUAGGCUUGUUAUGGGUAGCUUCUGGACGACGCGCUUUCAGUUUCUCGAUGAACUCCAGCAAAAUGAUCUUGAUGUCAUCUGACGCAACCUCGACGAUAGAACUGGGUGCCGACGAUGAAGACGUCCUGAACGAGCUCACUCUGAAUCACAAACGUACCGAGAUUGCAUUUAGCCUAGACUCAGGGGUUGUAGGAACCUUUGACCUAUCCACGAAAAAGGUCACGCGAAUGAGAUCCAAACACAACACUAUAUGCGGGACAGUACGGUUUAUCCCAGAUAGACCCAAUGAACUUGUGAGCGGAGGUUUUGAUUCUGCUCUGCUGCACUUCGACUAUCAUCAAGCAACGUUACUGUCGCGGUUUGAUCUGACCGCUCCUCCACCGUCUUCUGGGGUAUCUCUAUCCCCUCCUUUCAUACUGUCAUCCUCAGUAUCGCAGUCUGGUAUCAUCUCUGCUGGAACCGCUGACGGGAGGAUAUGGGUAGGGAUCGGGGGUGAAAAAUCACCGUCUGGACAACAAGGGGCUCAAAAGAAGAGAAGACGGAAGUGGGAGGGUUUGCAGCACGAAGACGGGCUAGCCAUCAAAAUCGCAGAAGGCCCCAUAGUUGCAGUAUCAUUUACUGGUCCUCGUACACUUCUUUCUUGCACAUUGCUUGGAACAGUGGUGGAACACGAAUUAGAAGGUAACACUGGCAAUAAUCUUGCGUUAGCCCCAGUGUGGACAAAUGAAACACAGUGUGUUACCAAAGUCAAUGCUCUAGUAGCUGUUGAUGAUCAGAUCAUCAUUGGUGGUCUUAGCAAGGAUGGAAAGGGCGCAGUUGAAAUUUGGAUCAAAAGUUAGUGGUGGGAAAUCAAAUUUCAAUAAGCAAAAGUAUAACGUAAAUCUAUGUAUAUCAGCAGUGUAAGGUGGAUUCCUGUAGUGAUUUAUAUCUUAUCUUCUGGACUACCUGUUUGAUUAGCCUCUGCUUCUUUCGCUGCUUUCACCCUUCGAGCAUAUUCUUCGUCCGUCAUCUUGUGGCCUAUUUUAGAAAAAAUCCGUUCCAGAAAUGGCAGCGACUCUGAUUGCCCUUCAGGAGAUGUAACCUCGGGCGUAAAUGAUGUCUCGUGAGGUAUUGGUGGUAAAAUUUCUAGGGGUGGUGAAACAAGGGCAGCAUUUGAACGCGCAACGUAGUUUAUCCUCAAGAUACCAAACUCAUUAUAAGUCCACUGUAACGCAGCACAAAGUAAUGCGCCGGUAGUCAUGCCAGGAACAAUACCAGGCCUACCCCUUUUCCAUGCAUUCAAAAGACCUCCUGCUAAAGCCCCACUGAUGCCAGAGUCCAGCAGCAUGUUCAUCCUUAAAUCAGCCCAUGUCCGGGUAUAUUGAACUUGGCCGCCUUGCUCUGCACCUUCGAGUUUACUUCUACGAUGCCGGUAUUGCUUUCCAGGAUGCGUCAGCACCAGAGCUGGGCUGACUAUAUAUUCACGGAUACUGAAAAAUGUAGCAGCUGCGAUGCCACUAUUCACACCAGACAGCAGGAACAAAGCCCCAGGUGGACGGCCUUUCACUACACCAUACAGCCCAGAAGUAAGUGCACAGGCAGUGGAUGUAAUUGCUACACCUUUUGCAACUGUCUGCGGUGCUUUAGAAUCCAUAUGAAAGACCGAAGUAAAAGAAAGAUCCGAAGUCCG